AUGAAGAAACGACCGAUCUGCGCUUCGCCAUCCGACGGAAGCAAGGACAAAUCGCUGAAGCCCCAGGAUUCAAAAUGCACAUCUGGAGGCUACCUAAUAGGGCGCCAUCCCGAAUGUGAUAUCGUCAUCGAUGACCCCAUCGUAUCAAACCGACACUGUCUCUUUUUUACCGAACACAAGGCGACGGAUACUAUCGUCGUUCUCGAAGACCUCUCCAGCAACGGAACCUUUGUCAACGAAGCCAUUAUUGGCCGGAAUCGCCGGAGAGAGCUUGAGGAGCAUGACGAGAUUGCAGUCCUAGAUAAGGCUCGGUUCAUUUUUAGGUACCCCAAGACGCGCCAGUCGAGCGCAUUUUCUCAGCAGUACACGCUGCAACAGAAGCUUGGUAAAGGGCACUUUGCGGAAGUGUACCUCUGCACCGAAAAGUCGACCGGCCAUCGCUAUGCUGUCAAGGUGUUUGCGAAGCACCAAGGGCAAGAAGACAAGACGACGACGGAGGGCCUUCAACAAGAGAUUGCGGUCCUCAUGGGCGUUAAUCACCCUAACGUGCUCUGCCUCAAAGAUACUUUCAACGAGAAGAAAGCGGUGUACCUAGUGCUUGAGCUCGCUGCCGAAGGAGAACUUUUCAACUUCAUCGUCUCUAAGCAAAAGCUGAGCGAGGAUGAGACCCGAAAGCUGUUUGUCCAACUUUUCAAUGGCAUCAAAUAUCUGCAUGACCGUAACAUCGUUCACCGUGAUAUCAAGCCUGAAAAUAUCCUCAUGGUGGACAAAGAGCUACACGUCAAACUUGCCGAUUUUGGAUUGGCCAAGAUCAUCGGCGAGGAGUCAUUCACGACAACUCUUUGUGGCACACCCAGCUAUGUCGCUCCUGAGAUUCUAGCAGACGCAAGGCAGCGAAAGUAUACCAAGGCAGUGGAUGUUUGGUCUCUCGGUGUCGUUCUCUACAUCUGCUUGUGCGGUUUCCCACCUUUCUCCGACGAAUUGUGCUCCAAGGACUUCCCCUUCAAUCUACGGCAACAAAUAAGGAGUGGUCGCUUCGAGUAUCCAUCACCUUAUUGGGACUCGGUUGGCGACCCGGCCCUUGAUCUCAUUGAUAGCAUGCUUGUAGUCGACCCUGAGCGAAGGUUUACCAUUGACCAGUGCUUGAACCAUCCUUGGAUGACUCAAACCAUGCCCGGUGUCAAUGAUAGCACUGGGGGCUCGUGGGGGCAUUGCCGGGCUCGACGUCAACCGCCGGGGCGUCACACGUGA